AUGACCACCGAAAGCCAGCCGCAACCUGCUCCGCCGCAGGCCCUCUUCUCCCCGACUCCGCAAAGCCCAACCCACGAUACCCCGCCGCCGCUCCCUAACCCCAGCAUGCCCGCCUUCGCGCCCCAAUUCCCGCCGCAGCCCGCAAACAACGGCCAGCGCGUCCAGAACCGCCACUCGCGCGACUUCAGCGGCUCGCAGACCAACGGCCAGGUCCAGAGCCCCAACGGCCAGCAGGGCGUCCCCAUACAACACCGCAUGGGCAACGGCCACCAGGGCCAUGUGCGCGGCAUGAGCGGUUUCGACGGGCCCCGCAGCCCGCCCAACAGCAAGAGUGAGCGCCUGCGGCACAAGAAGCACUCGCAGAAGACCACGACCGCUGAUCCGACUGAGCUCAAAGGCACUGCACACGUCCCGUGCAAAUUCUACCGCCAGGGCGUCUGCCAGGCUGGCAAGGCCUGCCCGUUCCUGCACACCAACGACCUGGCCACCGAGACGGCCCCGUGCAAGUACUUCCAGAAGGGCAACUGCAAGUUCGGCGCAAAAUGCGCUCUCGCCCACAUCCUGCCCGACGGCAGGCGCGUCAACGGCCCGAACCUCGCAAUGGGCAGGCAUCCCUACGGCCGCCCGCCCACCACCCAGAGCUCGCUGCUCACCAUGCAGGCCAUGGCCGGCGGGUCGCAGUACCCCUACAUGCCCUCCGACGAGCCCUAUCAGUCCAAGCACCUCCACGACAUGAUACCCACCAUCGACCAGACCUUCUCCUCGAACCCUGGUUCCAAUUUCGGCUCACCGCCAAAUGACAGCCGCCUCCCAACGUCGCCCGUGCAGAAGGGCCUGAGCGUCCUUGAUGCCCCGCUCCCCGCUUCUUUUGACAGCCAGGGAAUUUCGCACAUGGCUCGCUACGGCCCCAUCGCCGCGUCCGUCCCCUCGCGCUUCGGCCUCGAGGCCUCUUCCCCGCCAUCGUCGUAUCAGAACAAGGCCAUCGAGACCUCUACACUGAGAAACUUGCACAGCUCUGCAUUCGGGGAUGACGCGUUUGCAAGGAAUGGCCUGGGCUCAUCCCCACCGGCAGCUGAAGAGCCGAUGAUGGGCAGGCGUAUCAUGCACUCGGAGCGUUUCGCGAGACCGAAGAUGAUGUCGGCAAGCUUGGGCACGCGACCAAUUAUUGGCGCAGAUGAGUGGGACGAGAACUUUGCGUUCGAGGAGGAUCUGGUUCCUAACAGCCUACACGAACUGCUGACUCCCCAGGAGAAGAUGCGCCGCUUUUCCCGUGCUGGCGAUGACGAGAGCGCAUUCAAUCACCGCCAGUCGCUUUCAGGUUUGGGCACCCCCGGCGAUUCCAAGGUCGGCUCACCGCUCGGCUCCUCCCCUUCGCGCUUUGGCGCUCUUUUCUCCCGGACACACAAGCCCGCCGACGAGGUCUCAUCAAGCCCUGGCGCCAAUGUUUUCGGCCAUGUUGGUUCCCCUCUCCGUGGCUCUGGCCUGAACCCGAAUGCCAGCCCAUCGCUCCGCCCCAUUGGAGACCGCAGGACGCCUUCUACGGGUGAUGCUAGCCCCUUCGGUCUUGCCAGCCCGCCACGUCAGAGCAGUAUCAGCACGCUCAGCCAGCAGCUCCAGCGCACGCGCCUCUCGUCUCUUGUGUCGGAAUCCAAGCCAGAAGGCCCGGAAGACAAGGGGCACCCUGGAAUGCCUGGACGCUUGACUUCAGCCUCCAGCAUUGGCUCCGCAGCCUCGAGGUCCGGAAUCGGUAUGGACCGUGCCAUCUCCAGCAGCAGCAUCGGCCGCGAGCCCAUCGAAGAGGAGCAAGAGCAAGGUCUGUUCGACAUGGAAGAAGAAGAUUCUGGAGCCGACAAGGAAAAGAAGGCCAAGAGGCUGUCUAGUGGCCUUGGAACUACCUCCGCACCAGGAGGUGCUUGGGGUGUCUUUCCCGGACUUGGAGCAGGAGUUGGUAGCGAGAAGAGCUCGUAA